AACGACAGAUUGUCAUCCAAUACGCAUUUGGGUCAGCAUUGUGAUGUUUGUCAACUGGAUCACAUCCCUUCCCAUAAGGAAGAAACCUGUUCCAAGACUUUGUCACAAAAGCUAUUCGCAAACCCACUUUUAUCUUUUUUUAAACUUCUAACGACCUGGUCAUACAUAUGGAGAUGUGUUUUCCUUUUCUUUUCUUUUCCUUUUUUUUUUUCUUUUCUUGAGCUGCUUUUUAACUACCAACUACAUUAGGAGCAUUAGCACUAAAUUGGCUAUGUGUGUGAUAAGGAAAUAAAAAAAGAAUAAUCAUCCAAAAAGAAAUACAACAAUAAUAACAAUAUGCUCACACUAUAAUCAUCACCCUUUAAUCAAUUUGCCGCCUCACCAAUGAAUUACUUCUCAUUUCUACUAUUCUUGAUCAUUUUUUUUCCCUUUUCAUAGACCUUCCUGAAAGGCGGUAAAAAGGAAACAGGAAAACCAAAUACAUUUUUGUUUCUUGGACUAAAUAUAGGCGUGUUCUUUUCUUUUGGAGAGACACUAUUGUGGGUUCUGUUGAAGGGUCUAGUUCUAUGGCCCUAAACCGCAUCUGGGUUGGCUUCAUCUUCUUGUCUUGUCUAUGGAUACUUGGUUUCUGCAAAGACAAAGAUGGUUUCUUGAGUUUAUCUUGCGGUGGAACGACAAAUUUUACUGAUUCAUCGAACAUUUCUUGGGUUUCUGAUAGUGCAUAUAUAAGCAUAGGCAACACGACCACCAUUAAUUACAUUGAGGGUACUUCUUCAUUUACUGUUCCGGUCCGGUUUUUCCAAGACUUGAAAGGUCGAAAGUGCUAUAAGCUUCCAUUGACGAAUGUGUCAUCUGUAGUACUAGUUAGAGCUCAAUUUGUGUAUAAGAACUAUGACAGGCUUGGAAAACCCCCUGCUUUCUCUGUUUCUCUUGGCACAGCUGUUACUAGCACUGUAAAUCUUACAAUCAAUGAUCCAUGGACGGAAGAAUUUGUGUGGCCUGUUAAUAAGGACACGGUUUCUUUCUGUUUACAUGCAAUUCCUGAUGGCGGAUCGCCUGUUAUUUCAUCUCUUGAAAUUCGUCCACUUCCUCAAGGAGCUUAUCAGAGUGGAAUAGGAGAUUUUCCUAACAAGCCACUUAGAAAGUCUUUUCGUAUCAAUAGUGGCUAUACAAAUGGUUCCUUGAGGUACCCCUUGGAUCCAUAUGAUAGAAUAUGGGAUGCUGAUGAGAAUUAUACACCGUUUCAUGUAUCAAGCGGAUUCAAUAAGCUGCUAAGAUUCAAUUUGUCAAGUCUUAGUGAGAAUCCUCCUGUUUAUGUUCUUCAGACAGCGAGAGUUCUGGCACGAAGGGAUGCCUUAACCUACAACCUUGAUCUUGACACAACAGGGGACUACUGCAUUGUCCUUUACUUUGCUGGGAUUCUUCCUGUCUCUCCCUCUUUUGAUGUCUUGAUAAAUGGAGAUAUCGUUCAAUCUAAUUAUACUGUGAAAAUGUCAGAAGCUAGUGCUUUGUACUUAACUCGAAAAGAAAUCAAAAGCUUGAAUAUUACACUGAAAAGUAUCAGUUUCUAUCCACAAAUCAAUGCAAUUGAGGUUUAUGAGAUUGUUGAAAUUCCAUUGGAAGCUUCCUCAACAACAGUGUCAGCCCUUCAGGUUAUUCAGCAGUCGACUGGACUGGACCUGGAAUGGGAAGAUGACCCAUGUUCUCCAACACCAUGGGACCAUAUUGGAUGUGAAGGAAGCCUUGUCACAUCAUUGGAGCUUUCAGAUGUCAAUUUAAGAUCAAUUAAUCCAACUUUUGGUGAUCUGUUGGACCUUAAAACACUGGAUUUGCAUAACACUUCACUUGCUGGAGAGAUACAGAACUUGGGAAGCCUUCAACAUCUUGAGAAGCUGAACCUGAGCUUUAAUCAGCUAACGUCCUUUGGAACAGAAUUGGACAACUUGGUUAGCCUUCAGAGUCUGGACCUGCAUAACAAUAGCUUACAAGGAACAGUUCCUGAUGGUUUAGGAGAGCUGGAGGACCUUCAUCUCCUUAACCUGGAAAAUAAUAAAUUACAAGGCAGCCUACCAGAGUCUUUGAAUAGAGAAAGUCUGGAAGUCAGGACAUCAGGAAAUCCAUGUCUUUCCUUCUCAACAAUGUCAUGCAAUGAUGUUUCAUCUAAUCCUUCAAUUGAGACUCCUCAAGUUACAAUCCUCGCCAAGAAUAAGCCUAACAAGAUUAAUCAUAUGGCAAUUAUAUUCGGUGCUGCUGGAGGAACCAUACUUGCUCUUCUUGUCAUUUCUCUGACAGUAUUCCUGUACAUAAAGAAACCAAGUACUGAAGUCACAUACACAGACAGGACCGCAGCAGAUAUGAGAAACUGGAAUGCAGCAAGAAUCUUUUCCUACAAAGAAAUCAAAGCAGCUACGAACAACUUCAAGCAGGUAAUUGGGCGCGGUAGUUUUGGAUCUGUUUAUCUUGGAAAGCUUUCAGAUGGCAAACUUGUAGCUGUGAAAGUUCGGUUUGAUAAGAGUCAACUCGGGGCUGAUUCUUUUAUUAAUGAGGUUCAUCUGUUGUCACAAAUUCGUCACCAGAAUCUCGUGGGUUUAGAAGGAUUUUGUUAUGAAUCAAAGCAGCAAAUACUAGUCUACGAGUAUUUACCCGGUGGAUCUCUGGCUGACCACCUCUAUGGUCCCAACAGUCAGAAAGUUUGUCUAAGUUGGGUUCGCAGACUGAAAAUCUCUGUUGAUGCUGCUAAAGGAUUGGACUAUCUGCACAAUGGAAGUGAACCACGAAUCAUACACCGUGAUGUGAAAUGCAGCAAUAUUUUGAUGGACAAAGACAUGAAUGCCAAAGUAUGUGACUUCGGCCUUUCUAAGCAAGUAAUGCAGGCAGAUGCAAGUCAUGUCACCACUGUUGUCAAAGGCACUGCUGGCUAUCUUGAUCCUGAGUACUAUUCUACUCAACAGCUUACAGAAAAGAGUGAUGUCUAUAGCUUUGGUGUAGUUCUUCUGGAACUCAUUUGUGGGCGAGAACCAUUACGCCACUCAGGAACUCCAGAUUCUUUCAAUUUAGUGUUAUGGGCCAAGCCCUACUUGCAGGCAGGUGCAUUUGAGAUAGUGGAUGAUAACAUAAAAGGAACUUUUGAUGUGGAAAGCAUGAGAAAGGCAGCCGCAGUUGCUGCUAGGUCAGUAGAGAGGGAUGCUUCACAGAGGCCUAAAAUUGCAGAGGUGUUGGCAGAGCUGAAAGAAGCCUACAAUAUUCAGCUCUCGUAUCUCGCAGCUUGUGAUAUGUAAAUCUCUUUCUCGUAAACACAAUCCAAAAUACUUCUACUCCUUGUUAACAUUCGUGCCGAAAGAGUUCUUCUCAGAUAGUUUGGUGUAUCACAUAGUAAAUUGAAGAAAGCACUGUACGGAUGAUAUCCAGUAAGUUAUGUAGCAGAAGAGCAUAUCAGAGAGUCGAAGAUUUGCAUAUACAUGUAUCUAUUUAGUCAAUGGGAAAAAAUAGAAGCAAGAAGUGGGAAGUUCUGUUUUAUGAGAAACACUUACCAAAGUGGAGUUCUGUUCAGAAACCAUCUACGUCGACCUCCCAACUCACAAGCAACAAACAUUGUGGUGGGUUGCACCAUUCCAAUUUUGAUUCUCGUCUUCUUUGCUUCUUCAAGUUCUCAAUAUGAAGAUUUCUAGCUUUAUUA